AUGGAGACCCCAGCUGCGCAUGAGCACCACCUGAAAGAACACGCUGUCACGGUUGAUAAGGGUGUGGAAGCAGUCAAAGCUGAGGAGGAAGUCAAGAUGAUACAGAACUCUGUCAAGGAAGAGACGGAAGCGAUCAGCACGACGUCCGAGCACAAGAAAGACGUUUUAUCUAUCAGAAAGAAGCGGAAUGUUGAGGAAAUCUAG